AUGUCCCUGUGUUCCUAUGCCCCUGUGUUCCUAUGCCUCUGUGUUCCUGCCCCUGUGUUCCUGCCCCUGUGUUCCUAUGCCCCUGUGUUCCUAUGCCCCUGUGUUCCUAUGCCUCUGUGUUCCUGCCCCUGUGUUCCUGCCCCCAUGUCACCUCCGCCACACCCUGAUCCACUGGGGACAGGAGAAACAAACCCUAUCCCUGCCAUCCCUCAAGCCCCUGUGCGUGGGAUGGCCCGGGCAGACACCCGCACUGUGAAUCCCGGUCACACCAGCAGCAGUGUAGUGUCCAGGGCAGUAGUGGCGGCAGUGGCGGCGCGGGGGCGGCGUGGCGGCGUGGCGCGGCGGGCCUCCACCUGGGGAUCAAAGCCUCCACUUUUUGCGGUGCCGCAGGAUGAGGAAUCCACACAAAGGCGCACAGCCAAUCGCCGCUAA